CCGCCUCCCUCCCCGCCCCCCGCCCCCGCCUCGCCCCCCUCCGGCUUCCCACCACGGCCUCUCUCGGCGAGGAAACUCUGGCCUCCGCUUCCUCCUCCUCCGACUCGGACACCGGCGGAGCCUCCCCGCCCCCGCGGAAGAAACCCCGAGCCUCGGCGGCGGCGGAGGGGGCAGGAGAGCCCGGGGCCUCGGCGAGCCGCGCAGGCCUCUCCCCGCCGUCCUCGUCCUCCUCGUCGUCCUCCUCCUCCUCCUCCUCCUCGGUGGUGGUAGUGGUGGGACUCCCCCCGGCCGCCCCUCCCGCCGCCGCCCCGCACCGGAGUAGCGGCGGCCACAGCCUGGUCGGCGGCGGCAUCAUGCAGGCCAACGGGGCAGGAGGAGGAGGAGGCGGCGGCGGCGGCGGCGGCGGCGGCCCGGGACCGCAGACCCAGGAGCUCGCCUGCCUGGCGGCCCAGAACGGGGAGUCGUCGUCGUCGUCCCCGUCGCCGUCGCCGUCGUCCGCGGGGGACCUGGCCCACGCCAACGGGCUGCUGCCCGCCGCCCCGGCCGCCGCCGCCGCCGCCAGCAACAAUAGCACCAGCCUGAGCGUCAAUAACGGGGUCCCCGGCGGGGCCGCCGCCACCACCGCCGCCGCCGCCGCGGCCCUGGCCACCCCGGACCUGGGCAGCAGCCUCAAGAAGAAGAAGCGGCUGUCCCAGUCGGACGAGGACGUCAUCAGGCUCAUAGGACAGCACCUGAACGGCUUAGGGCUCAACCAGACUGUUGAUCUCCUCAUGCAAGAGUCAGGAUGUCGUUUAGAACAUCCUUCUGCCACCAAAUUCCGAAAUCAUGUCAUGGAAGGAGACUGGGAUAAGGCAGAAAAUGACCUGAAUGAACUAAAGCCUUUAGUGCAUUCUCCUCAUGCUAUUGUGGUAAGAAGCGCACUUGAAAUCUCUCAAACGUUGUUGGGAAUAAUUGUGAGGAUGAAGUUUUUGCUGCUGCAGCAGAAGUACCUGGAAUACCUGGAGGAUGGCAAGGUCCUGGAGGCCCUUCAAGUUCUGCGCUGUGAAUUGACGCCACUGAAAUACAAUACGGAGCGCAUUCAUGUUCUCAGCGGGUAUCUGAUGUGUAGCCACGCAGACGACCUCCGUGCGAAAGCAGAAUGGGAAGGCAAAGGAACAGCUUCCCGAUCCAAACUGUUGGACAAACUUCAAACGUAUUUGCCACCAUCGGUGAUGCUUCCCCCAAGGCGUUUACAGACUCUCCUGCGGCAGGCGGUAGAACUACAGAGGGAUCGGUGCCUAUAUCACAAUACCAAACUUGAUAAUAAUCUAGAUUCUGUGUCUCUGCUUAUAGAUCAUGUUUGUAGCAGGAGGCAGUUCCCAUGUUAUACGCAGCAGAUCCUUACGGAGCAUUGUAAUGAAGUGUGGUUCUGUAAAUUCUCUAACGAUGGCACUAAACUAGCAACAGGAUCAAAAGAUACAACAGUCAUCAUAUGGCAAGUUGAUCCGGACACACACCUGUUAAAACUGCUUAAAACGUUAGAAGGACAUGCUUAUGGCGUUUCUUAUAUCGCGUGGAGUCCGGACGACAACUACCUUGUUGCUUGUGGCCCAGAUGACUGUUCUGAGCUUUGGCUCUGGAAUGUACAAACGGGAGAGCUAAGGACAAAAAUGAGCCAGUCACAUGAAGACAGUUUAACAAGUGUGGCGUGGAAUCCAGAUGGGAAACGCUUUGUAACCGGAGGUCAGCGUGGGCAGUUCUAUCAGUGUGACUUAGAUGGUAAUCUCCUUGACUCCUGGGAAGGUGUGAGAGUGCAAUGCCUUUGGUGCUUGAGUGACGGGAAGACUGUUCUGGCAUCAGAUACACACCAGCGAAUUCGAGGAUAUAACUUCGAGGACCUUACAGAUAGGAACAUAGUACAAGAAGAUCAUCCCAUUAUGUCUUUUACUAUUUCAAAGAAUGGCCGAUUAGCUUUGUUAAAUGUAGCAACUCAGGGAGUUCAUUUAUGGGACUUGCAAGACAGAGUUUUAGUAAGAAAGUAUCAAGGUGUUACACAAGGGUUUUAUACAAUUCAUUCAUGUUUUGGAGGCCAUAAUGAAGACUUCAUCGCUAGUGGCAGUGAAGAUCACAAGGUUUACAUCUGGCACAAGCGCAGUGAGCUGCCAAUCGCCGAGCUGACGGGGCACACACGCACAGUCAACUGUGUGAGCUGGAACCCACAGAUGCCGUCCAUGAUGGCCAGCGCCUCAGACGAUGGCACUGUCAGAAUAUGGGGACCAGCGCCGUUUCUAGACCACCAGGAUAUUGAAGAGGAAUGCAGUAGCAUGGAUAGUUGAUGGCGAAUCUGGAGCAGACGACUUCUGUUUAACUUAAAUUAGUCGUAUUUUAAUGGCUUGGGAUUUGGUGCAAACAAACAUGAUUGAUAGCUGGACAGACAUGCUCGUCAUGAAAAAGAACCAUUUCUGAAGCCCGGUUGGGGCCAAACAUUUACACCUUGCUUCAUAGUAACCCGUUGAGAUGAAGCACGUCGGUAGAACGUUGUUGGACACCAUGUUGAAUUACCCCCCAUCGGUUGUGAAGAACUGUGCUACAUUCAGGCUUACCCAUUGAACUCAGUACAUAUAUUCCCCCCCUGCCUUUUGUCUGGGGGGAUACCAUUCUUGUUGCUCUUCUGUGUAAUGAAGUUUAAAAUGCUUGUUUGGAAACUUUAUUUAACAGUUUAGAAGGCUUGAUAGAAAGAGUGCAUUAGUCUGGAGAGUAUACAUCGGAUAGGAGAGAAUUCCCUCCUCUUGUUUCUCCAAAUCUUUCCGCCUUAUUUAGCUUGAGAUCUUUGCAGCUUGGUUCAUGGAUUCUAGCCUUGCCCGUUGCACAGUAUAUACAGAUCCAGAUGAUAAACCAGUGAACUAUGUCAAAAGCACUCUCAAUACUACAUUUGACAAAAAGUUUUGUACUUUUCACAUAGCUUGUUGCCCCGUAAAAGGGUUAACAGCACAAUUUUUUAAAAAAUAAAUUAAGAAGUAUUUAUAGGAUCAAAGUGACUUCCUUUGUAUACAUUUGGAAUCUAAACCAGCUUAAAAAACAGUUUCCUCUAUGACUUAGAUGCGCAGUCCAGCUGAUGCUCUUCUGGAAUACCGCCUGAGACAAGGUCAGAAGCAGUGCCGGGAAGGACCUAACACAGGAAACGCAGAGUAAUAAUUGGAAGGUCCCCCCCUCCCCUUUUGUUUUAUUCCUGAAGUAACAUCCUACCUGAUCUUGAAGAGAUUUAAGAUUUAAAAAGGAUUUUAAAUAUAAUGGACAUGAGAGAUCAGUAGGCAGUUUAGGCUUUUGGCAAAGCUUGUUCCGAGUUGUUCUCAGCUUGGGAGUCGUUUGGUGUGAUCUAGCCAGAGAGUAGAAGCCGCAGGUGGAAGUUGGUAGUAUAACUGAGCUCGUUAGAACGCAACAGGUUACAAACACAUCUAACCUGGUUUCACACCUCAUGGUCAUUUCUCUUAAUCGCCCUUAAUAUUUUGACAUGUAGGGAUCCAUCCAUCUAGAGAAGCUUCCCUCUCAGUUUUUCAGAUAUUGCCAUACUGAACCUCAUUCUAAACUGGUGCUGUGGGUAGUCUUUCCCUCUCCCCUCCCCUCUUAGUGUACGGAAAGGUUUCCUUCAUGGAAAAGCACUUUUCAUUUUGAGAAUCUCACUUGCAAAAGAAGCCAAAAGCCCGGUGUUCACAUUGUGCUUUUAAGGCCGGUAACAGCUGAAUGCAGCAUCCUUCAGGCCCCUUUGCAAUUCCCUCCCUUUUUCAGUAGAAGAUACAUAAGUGACCACAGCUGUUACCUUGGGAAGAGGCGUGGGAAUGCCCCCAAAAUACGAUUCUGGUGAAGAAAAUCUUGAGUGAAGUCCCAUUAGGCCCAGCCAAGUCUAUGUCAUUACCGUGAGUAGACUCUGGAGGAUCCACAAAGGAGAGAAAAACAAGGAUGUCAGAAUCCUCCCAUCGGGGCUGGGGAGUUGGGGAUGGCAGCACAGAAACAGGAAGACGGGGAAGGGGAGAAGGAAGAAAAACAUAAUUGGCCUUAAAAAAGCAUGGAUUCUCCCAACAGCUCUCCUAGUCAGAGGAAAGGACAGAUCGUGGUCAGCAGAUUCUUUUAUCAAAUUGGUAUGUAAAAGAUUUCUUUGAAGCUCCAUUUUGCAGAGAUCAUUACUUAGAAUCAAGAAAUUCCUGUUUUGAUACUUCUGAGUUCAGAGACUAUAUGUUACAGUUUAUCUGGUACUUCAUUUUUCUUAACUACAAUUCCUUUUUACUUUAAGCUUGAAUAAAAAAUCUUCCUUGGUAACUGUA